AACGUAUAGUACGUCGUCAUCAUUCUGUCAACGAUUGUGUACCUAGACACAGAUAUAAAAAUUUGAAAGAGCCCAAGAACUGGAAACAAUGAACUCAGACUCAGAGAGCCAAGACAGUGAUGACGGACGAAGAUUCCGUCUUGAGACUACGCGUAGAGACAGCCAAUCCCAGCCUCAAAUAUCAGCUAAACGCAGUAGAAAGAAGUGCCCUUCACGUUACUGCCAUUCAAGAGAAAACGGGGCAACAUCUCGGCAUUCCCUCGAUGGAUCUUUAACCCAUCAAAGCAGAUCAUCCAACGAGAGACAAGACAAGAAAAAAGAAUCUUUGAGACGACAGCAUCGUGAAAUUCACAUAAGACACCACACAGAGGACCAUAGAGUAGGUAAUACAACUGAAUCAAAGAAGCAUGGAGAACAUUGGCUUAAGAGAAAACUCGAUAAAAAUAAGAGGCGCUCGAAUGACAGAAGCAGCAAGUGUAGUCAUGUUUUGGAGUCUAAUAAAAAAAUGGAAGACAAUAGAUCGAGAUCACACAGUUUAUCUCUAGUAGAAGUAGUAACAACGGUUGUACCAUCAGCAGCAGCUAUGAAGCAAAGUAUCAAACCUGUAAAAAACGAGGAUGAGACGGUAACUGCCAGGAAAGAAAGGGCUACGAGCAACUCAGGCUGCGGCAGUUAUAAUUCUGAUGUAGACGUUAUUUCAGAUGGAGCACUAAUGACUGAUAUUAAUAAUUUUGCUGUUUUCAAUUCUUAUUUUCCCUCUUCUCCAACUUGCAAGAAGCCAAGAUCGUUCUAUGAAAGAGUUGUCAAUAAAAGUCCCAUUGAGGACGAUGCGGUGUACGGGCCAGCCUUGCCGCCUAAAUUGGAGAAACGUUGUUAUAUGAAUAUUGAGACCCACAGAUUUAAAGAAGGCGUGGUAGUACAAGUAGGUAAAAGUAAAAACGUCAUUCCAACGGUAUCACCAGCAAAUAUCAAAACAAUGCGAGUUCAAGAAAAUUGUAGAGAUGACAAAGGAGCAAAAGAGAAACAGAUAGUUGAAGAUAAUGCGAAAGAUACACAAUAUUCUAAGGAUGAUAUUAAUACAGAGGAUGUCGAAACAGAAUUGUUUGGUCCAGCCUUGCCACCGUGCUUUCAGAAAACUAGGACAGUCCGAGGUCCAGCAUUGCCCGACAAUUUCAGUGUGCCUCUUAAAACUGACGGUUUAGUCGAUGUUUCAAAAUCCAACAUUAAGAAAAAUGAAGAGAAUGACUAUACUGACGACAAUAUUAUUGGUCCUCUUCCUGCCAACCACUUGGCUUCCAAGGAUAGUUACAUUCAAUUACAGCUUGAGUAUAGAGCACAAAAGGUCAAGGAGAAAUUCAUGGAUACAGUUGGUCCAGAAAAAAAGAACCGCGAGGAAUGGAUGGUAAAAUUACCUCCAGCUCAUGCUGUAGCUCUAGGUUUGGGUUUGAUUCCUCGUAAAUUUAAGACUCACGAAGGUCCUGACAUGUCUGAUAGAUCUGUUUGGACAGACACACCAGCAGAUAAAGUCGGAAAGCAAAAGGAGGAAAAUCAUUUUGUCCCAUCCAAAGAAUCAAAUAAAAAAGCAAAAAUUCCUGCUGAAGAUAAGCGGGAUCAAGGAGGAGAGACAGAAUCGUUGCUUGAUAUACAUUUAAAAAUGAAAAAAAAAAAAAAGAAAGCAGCAAAAGAAUCUGAAGGACUGACUCGUAGACCUUUUGAUCGUGAUUUGGAUUUACAGUUCAACAGACAAGACAAAGCUGAAAAAAAAUUUUUUUUUGACAAAGCUCGGAAGCUCAACGAUAAAUUUACCCCUGGAAAAAUCUGAAAAAUCGUACGUUUUCAUUUCAGCUGUAAUCAAUUAGACUUAUGACGUUUAAUAAAGAAGAAAUCGAUGGUUUCAACAUUUUUACUUUAGAUUUUGCACUGAGCUGAUUAAAAUUUUUGUUCAGAAAUAAAAUCAAGAGUUAUUCAGUUUAAUUUACAAAUUAAUUUCUUAUUUAUGCUCAAGCUUACACUACUUUGUUUUUAAAAAUUAUCUUCUGUUAAUUCAACAGCAAAAAUUUUUGAAAUUUAUUUUCUGUGCUUAUGCUCUAAUACUUUAAAAGGUAGAAAAUGUUUCACAUUGUUACAAAGUUCAAUAAAGGAAAUAAUUAUGUAGUCAGUGAAACUUCGACCUGUUCCGCACCCUAUUGCGGAACUACGGCGCGUGA